UUAAAGCUCCCCAUCGUGGCACGCACCACUCAGUAUGGUGCUGCACACCGGGAUCCAGCUACUGUAGGCAAAUACUGCAGAGGGAGAACAGAGAGGCCUCUGUGUGUGUGUGCGUGCAUGUUUGUAUGUGUGUGUGUGUGUCAGACUGCUCAUGUACAACAGCAUCAUGGACACAGAAUAUUCCAAGAGAGUGUACCAAGGCGUUCGGGUGAAGCACACAGUCAAAGACCUGCUGGCGGAGAAGCGAUCCCGACAGACAAACGGGCCCAGAUACAGCGGAGGAUCGACCACUCCGCCUUCAUUUGUCCAGAUGCCAGGGUCUCACAUGCUGCCUAGCUACUACGGCAUGAGGCGUCCCUUCAUCUCAGACUCAGACUUCUGCCAGUCCACCAAGCAGUUCUCCCCUGACGUCUAUUCGCCUACGCUGGGUGGUAAACCUCUGGGCUGCGACCCCUCCGCCAUGACCAGCUACUCCUCCUUCAUUGACAGCUACUACCCUGAGACCUUCGGUGAUUACCGCAGCGCCGCUGCCUUCUCCAGCUCCGGAGGAUCCUUCCUGCCCUCGUCGGCCCUCUCAUCCCUGCUGCCUCCCUUUGGUGGAGAGUCCUCACAUUUAUUUCUGAGAGACUCAUGGGAGCAGUCAGUUCCAGAGCCGGUGUCCCAGGUGGAGGCUCUGUGUCCAGACAGCCUAGCCUCCGUCAGUGUCCCGCCCUCCAUGCCCAGCCCAGAACCCCCUGGGAGCCCCUCCCAGUACCGCUCCCCCAGCCGAGGCUCCUCCAUGGGGCCCGUGUCCAGCAGCCAGGCCUACACCCUGCACUCCUUGGAGGAAGCCCACUACCACCCUUUAACCACCAGCAGCUCUUACCCGACCGCCUCCACCUCUUUCCCCUGCCCCUCCUACAUGAGCACUCCCAUCAGCGACCUGGUGUCCAAGAUGGUGACAGAGGAGGCGGCCGACGGCCACGCCGGCCUCCCACCCAACGGCGAGGCUCACUCGUCCUGGGCCAAAGAGGACGGAGUGAGCUCCUGGUCGCCCUACGAGAUCAGGAGGGCCUACUGACUGGAGGACCGGCCUGAGGGUCACAAUUUAGAAGAAGAUGGAGGUUUCACAGACAAUUAAACAAUGAACUCAACAAGCACUUGGCAGUACAGAGAAAACGCACUCAGUCAAACAGUUGUGAAGUGUUGUUGAUAGGACAAUUUCAAUGCAUUUACAAAGAGAGGAGUCUUGUUUUGAUAUGUUGGUAGGAGUGUGGUAGCCUAUGACAACCAAGGGGCCUAAUAUUACAGCCUGAUCUGAUGGGAAAGUCCUACUUAUUUGUAAAAACCUGUGUGUCUUUUUUGUUUGAUUUGUAUAAGAGUGACCAGUAUGGACUAAAAUAACACACUGUAGUUAAGUUGAUGAAAUAGGGUCGUAACCUUCAUAAUGUAUUUUAUGAGGAGGCGAGAUUUCAGAGACAAGGUCGAAAACACACUGGAAAGCAGCGUCGAUCCUGUGUCUGAGAUUCAUACCGAUUUUGACUAGCAUAUUUAAACUGAGAUACACGUUAUGUGCAAUGAACUAGUUAGUGGAACUGCUCCAACAAACUGACCGCUGUUUCAGUCACUGUUAUAAAAAAUUAACUUCGCAAACAGAAGAAAAUGCAGUGGUUUUAUUCUGAGAUGACGGUGACUUAAUGCUGUGUGAUAUUUGAAUGUGAGGGCAAAAACAGCUGUUCAGAAAAGACUGACAGCGCAUAAAAGCAGUAACUUUAGAUAGUACCGAGUAACUAAUAUCUUUAAAUUCUGACGCGAACCUCUGCUAAUUAAUGCGCUUCGAUACGGACUGAAUGAAUGAGGAAAUAAAGCAGCGUGUCGUCUGUGUGUGUGUGUGUGGUGGGGAAAGGGAAGGGGCGGAAGGAUCGGGGUUGUGUACAGAUCCUGCAACACAGGAGGCAUCAGGAGAGAGACAGGAGCCCAAAUAAGCAGCUACAUUUUAGAAAUAAAAACCCGCAACUACAAAUAUUUGUAAGCGACCUUUGAGGAAAACAAGCCCAAAGUCACUUAUAAUAAGCGGACUUUGCAACUGUGGCUGCAGUCGGCCUACUGGCGUCUCUCUUCCUUCUUCCAUGCUGGCCUGCUCAUGACCCUCCCUCCUCGAGCUUCUCAGCCAAUCCCAGCGCGACAAAUGACCUGCCAUCCGUUUCCACUAUACUCUCACAAACACAUAUAUUCUUCUCACACAUACAUUAAUUCUUGUGCGAGUGAAAACAUAUGUAUGUGAAAGGAGAAUGCAUGUGUGUGUGAGUGCAAGAAUGAAUUAUGUCUUUUACGGCCCCUCAUACUCCAGUGUGUUUUGGACCUGGUCUCUGAAGUCUCGCCUAUUACAGGAUUGCCCCAUUCUGUGACUGACAUACUAUUCCUUGUGAAUCAGCUGAAGCGUGUGAAACCCCUUACGAAAAAGUAGUAUACUUCAAGUUUAUUUUAUGAAGUAUACAUAAGUAAAGUUCAAGUAUAUAUUUCCCAAGUAUACUUUAUGCAUUAGGUAUACUAAUAUCAAUGUACUAGUGGUAUACUUGUAAGUUUACUACUUUAAUACUUCUGGGGACUAAAUUGUCCCACUUUCAGUUUAUAAAAGUAUACUUUUAAGUAUACUUUAAGUGUAAGAAUAGUUAACUUUGAGUACAGAAAUAAUUUACACCUAAGUUUUAUUUUAUACUGCAACUAUACUAUAAGUACACUGAUAGUUUACUACUUUUGUACUUGUAUCCCACUUUAUAGUUUAUGAAAGUGUACUUUAAAGUAUACUCUCAGUAAUCUACUAGUUUAAUAGUUGUUAUACUGCAAGUAUACUUGUAGCCCAUUUUUGUUUUAGCAGAGGUUCCAUAUACUUGGGCUUUUCUGUAUACUUGUCAGUAUGAGCCAAGUAUACUUAAGUAUACUUUGUUAAGUAUAUUUUUGAUAAGUUCAUAAAAUGUAAACUAUAAGUAUACUCUCUUAUUUUAAGGUUAAAAGAAGUAUACUAAUAGCUCGCUUGAAUAAACUUCUUUUUGGUAAGGGAUCCCCUUUCUUCACUCCGUAUCCUAAUUUGAAACAAAUAUAAAUUAUGAUUUAAUGAAAUAUGUACAGUACAUACAGUAUGUCCACAUA